AUGAUGAAGCCCGAAGUUGAAGCAUUGGAGAAUCGUGAUGCAGGAUAUGGUCUGACCGAAGAACACAAACACUAUCUUGUUGAGCGCCAUGGAACCGUCGAACUGGAUCCUAUUCCCUCUAUGCACGAUGCCGACCCUUUGAACUGGCCCAAAUGGAAGAAAAUCAUGAAUCUCUCUCUUGUUUCCUUCCAUGCCUUCGUGGCCACGUUUACUGCGUCCUGCAUCCAGUCGGCCUUUGUCGAAAUCGCCGAAGAUCUCAACCAGACCGUACAGUCAACAAGCUACCUGGUUUCUAUUCAAAUCGCCGUCCUAGGUGGUGCGCCCCUGUUUUGGCGCCCCCUCUCCCAACGAUAUGGCCGACGACCGCUCUUCUUGAUGGCUUGCAUCUGCAGUCUAGUCUGUAACGUUGGCUGUGCCGUUAGCCAAUCCUAUGCAACGAUGGCCCUCUGCCGAGCACUCGUCUCGUUUUUCAUUUGCCCUGCCAUGGCCAUCGGGACUGCGGUCGUGCAAGAGACGUUCUUCCGCAAAGAGAGGGCCCGAUUCAUGGGUAUCUGGACAUUGAUGGUAACACUGGGAGUCCCUGUUGCCCCAUUCAUCUGCGGCUUCGUCGCUCAGAGAGUUAACUAUAGAUGGAUCUACUGGAUCCUGGCCAUUACAAAUGGCGUGCAGUUUCUCCUCCACAUCUUCUUUGGACCCGAAUCUCGAUUCGAUCGCGCGCACGUACCGCAAGGGAUGUCUACAUUCAAACUGGAAUACCUCAGCUUCCGUCGCAUUGAUCACACCCCACUCAAACUCAUCGAAUUCGUUCACCCGCUCCGUCUCGUGGCGUUUCCCAAUGUCAUGAUACCAGCAGCCGCCUACUCCAUGAUCUUCCUGUUCGGUAAUAUCAUGCUUACCUUCAUGAUUCCUCAAAUAUUCCCCGAAAAGUUCGGUUUCGACACUCAGCAGGUUGGCCUUCAGUACAUCGGUAUCAUUGUCGGGACAUUGAUUGGAGAGCAAUUUGGCGGAAUCAUGUCCGAUAAAUGGAUGUGGUUACGCGAACGCAAGGGAAAGAUGCCACAACCAGAAUACCGCUUGUGGCUGAGCUAUCUCGGCCACCUGUCGACUAUCUGCGGUGUCGUGGUCUUCUUGGUGCAGUCCGAUAAUGCCUCGGACAAAUGGAAUGUUACUCCCAUUAUCGGGGCGGGUAUUGCGGCAGCAGGCAACCAAAUUGUCACGACGGUCCUGAUCACCUACGCCGUGGACUGCUACCCUGACGAUGCUGCAGCGGUCGGCGUGUUCAUCAGCCUCGUCCGUCAAAUGUGGGGUUUCAUCGGACCUUUCUGGAUUCCGAACAUGGCCAGAGAAAUUGGACUUAGUGAAAGUGCAGGAGUGGCAAUAGCUCUGAUUGUAGUGGUGGCAUUGAUCCCUACGAUGGUGCUGCAGUGGAAGGGAAGAUAUUUGCAAAAGUGCAAUGAUAAGACAGGCUAG